CGGGAAGAAGGGGGUGGGGCCGCGCUAGCAUCCGCGCCAUCUCUUCCCGGAGGUGGCAGUGAGGUCCGCUUUCAGUGGAUGGUUUACCCGCUCCCUGCCAAGCGGGUCUGCUUAGUGCCAGCCAUGGAGGGCGUGCGCUGGGCCUUUUCCUGCGGCACUUGGCUGCCGAGCAGAGCCGAGUGGCUGCUGGCGGUGCGAUCGAUCCAGCCCGAGGAGAAGGAGCGUAUUGGCCAGUUCGUCUUUGCCCGGGACGCAAAGGCAGCCAUGGCUGGUCGUCUGAUGAUAAGGAAAUUGGUAGCAGAGAAAUUGAAUAUCCCUUGGAAUAAUAUUCGUUUGCAAAGAACUGCAAAAGGAAAACCAGUUCUUGCAAAUGACUCAUCGAAUCCUUAUCCCAAUUUCAACUUUAACAUUUCUCAUCAAGGGGACUUCGCGGUACUUGCUUCUGAACCUGAGCUGCAAGUUGGAAUUGAUAUUAUGAAGACUAGCUUUCCAGGUCGCGGUUCAAUUCCAGAGUUCUUCCAUAUUAUGAAAAGAAAAUUCACAAACAAGGAGUGGGAGACCAUCAAAAGCUUUAAGGACGAAUGGACUCAACUGGAUAUGUUUUAUAGAAAUUGGGCAUUGAAAGAAAGCUUUAUAAAAGCCAUUGGUAUUGGACUAGGAUUUGAAUUACAACGACUUGAAUUUGAUAUAUCCCCAUUAAACUUGGAUAUAGGCCAAGUUUAUAGAGAAACUCGUUUAUUCCUAGAUGGGAAGGAAGAAAAAGAAUGGGUAUUUGAGGAAAGCAAAAUUGAUGAGCAUCAUUUUGUCGCAGUAGCUCUUAAGAAACCCGAUGGAUCUAAACAUCAGGCUCCAUCUCAAGAUGAUGCUAAACCUACCGAGAAGCAGUUUAAGAUUCUGACCUUCAAUGAUUUGAUAGCCCCUGCUGUUCCUAUGACACCUGAAGAUCCUUCAUUUUGGGACUGUUUUUGCUUCACAGAAGAAAUACUAAUACGAAAUGGUACAAAAUCAUGAUAUGAUCCCGAGUAGCAAAGAAAAAUGAAAGCUUCAUAAUCUUUGGUACUCACUGAAAAAUGAAUACCUAAUAUCAAAUUUUGUUUUCAAAAUAGUUAAAUACUGCAACCAUCUUUCCUAUUAAAAAAAUAGACUUCCAGUUCAAGAUUGUUCAAUUAAACAGGCUUACCUCUUUAUUUCUCCCCUAAAUCACAUUGGCUUGACAAGUAAAAGGAAUUAUAAAUAUGUGCUGGUCUAGGAGUAAAAAAAUAGAAAAUAAAAACAUUUAGAUCCUCUUUUUCAGAGAUAACUACUUCUAAAACCUUGUAGUAUAGCCUUUCAGAAUUUUUUCUUGGUAAAUGAAGUUUCCAAACAGUUAUUUUUUAAAAAUGGGACCAUUUUUGUUUGUGUGUGGUUUUUGGUUGUUGUGAACUGUGCAUCUGCUGUUCAUAUACGUCAAUAAAGAUAACUCUGUGGCAUCA